AUAUUUUCCCAAAAGAAAACUCGGCAAACCAUCGUCUCUCUCACACACACAGAAAAUCGAAUUUGAGAAUUUGGGACUGAGAAGAAGGAGGAGCCAUGGGAGAAAGGAAAGUAUUGAACAAGUAUUAUCCGCCGGAUUUCGAUCCGGCGAAGAUUCCACGGCGGAGACAGCUCCCAAAUCAGCAGAUGAAAGUGCGCAUGAUGCUUCCUAUGAGCAUUCGUUGUGCUACUUGCGGCAAUUACAUCUAUAAGGGAACCAAAUUCAAUUCCCGCAAAGAGGACGUCGUUGGCGAGACCUACUUAGGAAUACAAAUCUUCAGAUUCUACUUUAAGUGCACAAAGUGCUCCGCGGAGAUUACAUAUAAGACAGAUCCAAAAAAUUCCGAUUAUACUGUUGAAUCAGGUGCGACUAGGAAUUUUGAGCCUUGGCGUGGCCAAGAUGAGGAAAUGGAGAAGGAGAAACAAAAAAGAGAUGCUGAAGAAAUGGGUGAUGCAAUGAAGUCAUUAGAAAAUAGAACCUUGGAUUCGAAGAGAGAAAUGGAUAUUAUGGCUGCAUUAGAUGAGAUGAAAUCGAUGAAGUCAAGACAUGCAACUGUGAGCGUAGAUGCAAUGCUUGAAGCUUUGCAGCGGGCAGAUGAGGCAAAGGCGAGGAAGCUGGAGGAAAAAGAUGAAGCUCUCAUAAGAUCAGUUUUUCAGGGUUCAAGAGAGAUAGUCAAAAGAAUCCCUGACGAAGAGCUUGAGGAUGAUGAUGAUGAUUUAGCUUUUUUUGCCCUUGAAAGUUCAGGGUCAGAAAACAAAACUCUUAAGAGGAGAAAGGUUUCUGAGGAACCUAAUGACAAACCCACCAAUUUUUUGACAAAAGACAGCUCUAUCAACAAAGAUAAAGCAUCAUCAAGUGAUGGUAAAAUCAUUUUCAAGUCCUCGUCAGUCAAAAUAUCCGUAGUUAAGACCCCCCCCCCCCCUCAGACUCCAACAGCAAGAAGACAGUAGAAGGAAACCAGCAAGAGGCAGAAAAGACUGGUGUGACAAGCAAUGGUCUAGUAUCGUUAUGUCAACAAUAUGAAAGUGAUGAAGAUGACUGAUUAAAUGAUUCCUGUAAGCUGUCAAUGUCCAUAUAUCCGCAACAAUAUUAAUUGCGGGGUGCCAUUUUCAUCGGGAAUGCUCUUUCUCUGGGCACUUGAAGCUUAAGCCUUGGUUCUCUGCAAAUCGCCAGUUUGUAGGUAUAAUGACUAUCCUCUUCGGUUCACACACCAAAUCUCUAGUUACUUUCGUCUGAAUUAUUCUUCUGACAAUCUGAGAGUCUUUUUUACUGCUCGACAGUUUCUUUUUUCUGAAGGAUUUUUUAACUUGUAGGUGAUAUUUUUGCAAAAGAGAUUUGCUGAGUUUAUAGUUAUUACAGGAAUGAAAUCUCCUCUUCUUUCCCCUCAUCCAACCACCCACCCACCCAGAAGAAGGAGCUAUUUUCAUUUUCAUUGAAAGAGUAGUGGUUGAGAGGAUUACAUUAUCCAUUUUUUCCUAGUUAAAAAGAAAAAAGAGAGGAGAAAAUUGCUGCCAUUUACUUUUUACCUGCUGGACGCUUUUGUCUUUCCACUAUUGGGUUUGCACUUUGGAGGAUCAAAAGCUGCUAUGCUCUUCAUGGCGGCGGAAAGUUCAAUUUUUCUUGAAUGAAUAUACAUAGCAGUUUUUGCAAAAAGUAACGUUUCCCUAUCUGUUUGUUUCCACUUAUUGGGGUUUGAACUUGAAUUAAUCGGAUUUGAGUUCAUUAAGUACAAUUUUUGUAACCAUUUAUUUGGUUAGAGCAUAACAGACUUCGUUUUCUCUGUCA